CAGCGUUUGCAGGCAAUGUAAUUGACAAGGCUCGCAGUGGUGAAAUAAACACGCUUCAGUCCAGGCGCAGCUUUUUUUUUUAUUGCUCAAUUCUGACUCUUUUUUUUUUUUUUUGACGCAUCGCACCGCAGCGCGCACAGACCUGAUCCCCAAAUUUACCUUCCACCCGAUCAAUUGAUCCGUGUGAAAUUAUGUCCCGAUCGGCGCAGAUCCAGCCGGCAAGAUGAUGAUUUUACCAAGGAGAGGCUCAGAUCGUGUGCCCGACUCGGUGGUCCCGGUGUUCUUGGUGGUGGUCGCCGCGUCUCUUCUUGGAACCGUUCUCGCCAAGGAUACAGCCUUUGUGGAGGUGGUACUGUUCGAGUCCAGUCCCAAUGGAGAUUAUACUACUUACACGACUGGCUUGCAGGGACGCUUCUCCAAAGCAGGAGCCACUAUCAGCGCGGAGGGGGAGAUCGUUCAAAUGCAUCCUUUGGGACUAUGUAAUAAUAACGAUGAGGAGGACCUGUAUGAGUAUGGCUGGGUCGGAGUGGUGAAGCUGGAGCAACCAGAGCUGGACCCCAUUUGUCUAACCGUCCUGGGAAAGGCAAAGCGAGCAGUGCAGCGAGGAGCCACGGCCGUCAUCUUCGACGUAUCUGAGAACCCAGAUGCCAUCGAUCAGCUCAACCAGGUUGCUGAGGAUCCCCUGAAGCGUCCGGUGGUUUACGUGAAGGGCAACGACGCCGUCAAACUGAUGAACAUCGUCAACAAGCAGAAAGUGGCCCGAGCUCGGAUACAGCACAGACCGCCGAGGCAGCCCACAGAAUAUUUCGACAUGGGCAUCUUCCUGGCUUUCUUCGUGGUUGUGUCGCUGGUUUGCCUCAUUCUGCUCAUCAAGAUCAAACUCAAGCAAAGGAGGAGUCAGAGUUCCAUGAACAGAAUGGCCAUCCAGGCGCUGGAGAAGAUGGAGACGAGGAAGUUCAAAGCCAAAGGAAAAGGCCAACGCGAGAGCAGCUGCGGAGCCUCUGAUUCGCUGAGCAGCAGCUCCACCUCUGACUGUGCAAUUUGUCUGGAGAAGUACAUCGAUGGAGAGGAACUGCGGGUUAUCCCCUGUGCUCACAGAUUUCAUAAGAAAUGUGUGGACCCCUGGCUACUCCAGCAUCACACUUGUCCCCACUGUAGACACAACAUCAUCGAGCAAAAGAAGGGAAAUCCAGGACCAGCAUGCAUGGACCCUGGCAACCCAGUCCACAGCAGGCAGCGGGUGGUGCUGCCGGUCCAUUAUCCCGGCAGAGUGCACCGUGCUGGUCAGGUGACGGCAUAUCCAACAAGAACCAGCAUGGACCCACACGGCAACCCCAUCACCGUGCUCACUGUGGACCAGCACCCAGACCCUCAAGGUCUGUAUCCACCUCAGUCAACGUCUGCCUUUCUGCGGAGCUACCACCCCACCCUCCACCUGGAGCAUUCACUCAACCCCCACCACUGUGGAUUAGAGCACCGCGGACCCCCUGCCUACCCCGCACAGCCACAUCAUGCUGCUUUUAAACGACCUAAGUUCCAUGGUCGCAACUUUUCCCGAGCAGCCUGUUUUUCACAGUACGAGACUAUGUACCAGCACUACUAUUUUCAGGGGUUGACUUUCCCUCAACAGCCUGAAGGUGGCCAAGGGCCUGCUGUGGCAGGACAGCUUGGUGGCGGAGCCCACAAGGGCCACCACAGCAGGGCCUUUCAGCAAGGGCUGUUAUACCCCACAGUGGUACACAUGGCACCUGCCUCUUCUUCAAGGAUAGGUGAUUCUGGCAGCACUUCUGGCCUGAGCUGCUAUCAUGGCCACCGCUCAGUGUGCAGCGGUUACCUUGCUGACUGUCCUGGUAGCGACAGCAGCAGCAGCAGCUCUGGCCAGUGCCACUGUUCCUCCAGCGACUCCAUGUUGGACUGUACUGAGGUCAGCAACCAGGGUGUGUACGGGAGCUGCUCCACCUUCCGCAGCUCGCUGAGCAGCGAUUACGAUCCUUAUGUCUACCGGAGUAAGAGUCCGUGUAGGGGCUCUGCAGGGGAAGCAGGGGCUGCAUCGUGCACCACAGUUUCUGCUGAGGACUCAUCAUCCCCUGCUCCCUUGGGGCAUGACUGCCUUCAGCUCCCCUCUGGAGCUUCGGGAUAUAAUUCGGGGGACCACCUCUCCAACUGCAGUUUGGAGCCCAACUACAGCAGUCGCUCAUCACUGGAACCCAGGGAGAACAGCAACACUAGCACUACCUCAGCCGGGGCCGCAGAGGCCGCCGGAGGCGACAGGGGAAAGGGGGCACAAGAGGAGUCCGGGGAGCUCGGGGCCGCAGCUUGUAGCUGCUGUUUCGAGGUGCUUCCUCCCAGUGUGGAGUGCAAAGGGCAGGACUUGGACCAAGCUGGGCCUCUGGCCUCGGGACGCUGUCACAGGGGGGUGGACUUUCAGAGCGCCACCACCAAGAACUACUUUGCUCCUGAGCACAUGUGCCCUUCCUCGGAGCAGGUGAGCUAUGAAGGGCUGCCUUGCUGCUUCUACAAAGAGAUGAAGGUCCACAGGACCACAGCAGGGCAUUAUACUGAGGACUAUGCUGUUAAUGUGCAGUAUGCGCAUGCAGAUUCAGAGACCUGCUCUGGACAGGGCUGCUGCGAACUCAACCAGAGAAUACCCAUAAUUCCUGAGGACACAGAUUGUGAAUUGGGCACAGGGUUAGGGACCCAGAGCAGUUUAUUACCAGUCAGCGUCACAGUGGAGGCAGAGUUGCGGACAGGGGAGCAACAUGAGCCCAAGGAGAGGUACUUCACCACAGGACAGUUUAGAGGUCAGCCAUACCCUCAGGAAGAGGAGACCAGGGCUCUGUUCCACUCUCAGCUCUCUGCAAGCCCCACUGCACUGGGAAGCAGUACUUCAACAAAUGAGGGAGGUCUGGGCAUAUGAACUUGAGUCUUGAAAGAACAGGACUCAGUCAAAACAUGUGGUACCAUGUCAGUCAGUCAAUCGUUGAAACCCUCAGUUGCCUUGUUCUAACCUUGCUCUCUGAGCACUGAAUGUUAUCAUCUUAGAUUGUGUGGAUUUCUACUGAAAUGGCCUGUCAUUUCUAGAUAUAAAUGUAUCAAGUUCAUUCCUGUGGCCACGAGCGUCUCAAGACUCAGAGACAAAGUGAUUCUACAAAUACAACUGAAGCUAGAAUUAGGUUGGUAUUGGCAUCUAUUUGAAGACUGUCUGCUGCCGGGUUAGUCAUCUGGGCCCAUUUCUUGUGAGAUUUUUUUGAGACUCCAUCUUUAGUGCAAGCUCGAGGAAUCUGAGAUUUUUCUCUACAAAAGUACACUCUCAAUUCACAAACAUCUGCAUCUUCAUGUAUACAUUUUGUAUAUGUGCGCACAUGAACACUGACUGCCUAUAAAGCUUCAACCACCAAUUGAAAUAGGUUCUAUGGACAUAGCUAUACCAAAACAGAAAGACAUGAUUGUUUGUUUUGUUUUUUGUUUUUUUAAACUUUUUCAAGAGCAGGGAAAAGGGUCUUUCUAGGUGUGUGUGACCUACACAUUUCUCUAAGGAGAAAAAGCUAUAUAUUACAGAAAAAAAUGCAUAGAAAUGUGAAUGCAAGGCUGACACUGGUCUCUAUUCAAUAUACAGAAUUUGUUUUAUGCAUUGCAUUUCUGUCCAGUAGUGGCCUACCUGUAUGAGAUGUGCCGGAGCGACAUGAGAGCCUUACGCUGGUAAACUAAUUGCAGCAAUAUCAAAAGACACUGCGUAGCUUUGGGUCGAACCAAAGCGAGUGUCUCGGGGUCAGUAGAUUUCUUCAGAGGUAGAGUGUACCAUUCUGCUUCUUGUUUGGAAGCCCUUAAAAGUGUAUUUUUGCUGUCACUUGCCCAAUUUCCUAAAUGAAGCAUGCUCUAAUUAAUAUCUAUAAAAGGUUCUAGCAUGUAUCAAAAGGCCAAAGGAAAGUAGCUGGAAAAGACUCAUAUUUCAUAAGGGUUCCUUAUUGUACUGUGACUUUUUUUUUUUUUUUUUUUUAAUGAUGCAGUUAUACAUACCACAGUUUAUCCGUUUGAAUCAUAUCAUGCCGUGCAUAAUACAUACUUUACAAUAUCAAUGCUUGUCAUUCAUGCCUUUCUGUUUGUCCUGCAGACUGUUUUUUAUACUGUUUCUAUGAAAUAUACACAUUCUCUACACAGAGGAAAACCUGAAAUAACCCUAUUUAUAAGUUAACCCAGUGCUGUAAUCAAGUGAGAAUCUAAUCUUGCCUUUGCAUAGAGAUAUGUACCUACUGCAAAUAUAACAUUUUGGGGUACUUGAGUCACUAUUUAAUUUUUUUUUGUUAUUGUUUCUAGCACUUAAGAAGAUAAAAAAUGUGUACAAAAAUUAAUAUUUUUUAAUUUUUUAAGAAUAUAAUUAUUUUCUGUCAUUACCAUUACAAAUGUUUAAAAAAGGCUAGAAAUCAAUCUGUGUAUAUUUCUGUACCUGUAUAGCAAACACAUUUCAUAAAUGGAAAUAUGUUCUCUGAAUAUUUAUUUACUAAUAUAUUUAUCUUUAAGCCAUGUCUUAUGUUCAGAGUGUAUGAACGUUUGAGUUAUUUGGUUGCUUUUUAUUUUGAGAAAAAUCACUAACAUGAGACUUUGUAUAUACAUGGUAAUUGCACACAAGACGAUUAAAUCUUCUCUGACCAAAAAACUGAUUUUAAAACUUUAGUACCAUACAGUUUUGUAAUUAAAGUGUACAAAGAUCUGUAAAAUAUACAGUUUUAUUCAAGUAACUCA